CCUGACCAGCGUCUCCCCAGCAGGGCACAGCAGGACGAUGGGCUCCCGGGGGCUGGGACUCCUGCUGACCAGCGGCCUGCUGCUGGCCUUUGCCUGGGGACCAGCGCUGGGCCGCACGCCACACGGGCAGCCGGAGCAGGAGGAGCCGGAGGCCACCAAGGAGCCGUCACCACCGCCGGACCACACAGAGAGGGAUGAAGAAAAACACGAAAAAUACAGCCCAGGGCCGGGCGAGGAGCCCCCUGCUUCCCGGUGCUUUCGCUGCUGUGACCCCAGCCCGCCGGUGUACCCCACAAUCCCCGCACCCCAGAUCAACAUCACCAUCCUGAAAGGCGAGAAGGGUGACCGGGGCGAUCGAGGCCUGCAGGGCAAAUACGGCAAGACGGGCUCAGCGGGUGCCCGGGGCCACGCGGGGCAAGGGCAGAAGGGGGCCGUGGGGGCCCCCGGGGCGCGGUGCAAGAACCACUACGCCGCCUUCUCGGUGGGCCGCAAGAAGCCCCUGCACAGCAACGACUACUACCAGACCGUGAUCUUCGACACCGAGUUCGUGAACCUGUACGGCCACUUCAACAUGUUCACCGGCAGGUUCUACUGCUACGUGCCCGGCGUCUACUUCUUCAGCCUCAACGUGCACACCUGGAACCAGAAGGAGACGUACCUGCACGUCAUGAAGAACGCGGAGGAGGCGGUGAUCCUGUACGCGCAGGUGAGCGACCGCAGCAUCAUGCAGAGCCAGAGCCUGAUGCUGGAGCUGCGCGAGCAGGACGAGGUGUGGGUGCGCCUCUUCAAGGGCGAGCGCGAGAACGCCGUCUUCAGCGACGAGUUCGACACCUACAUCACCUUCAGCGGCUACCUGGUCAAGCACCAUGACGAGCCCUAGGCCCACAGCCCGCCCGCCCGCCCGCCCGCGCUCCAGCCCCGGGCCCCCCUCCGGCCGGGGCCCCUGGCGCCGCAUCCUCUGCCCCGAGCAGCCCAGCCGUGACCCGAGGUCUCGAGGUCCCUGGGUGAAUUGCUGGGGCGCGGGACCCCCAGCCCCCCAGAGCACAUCCCUGGGUGGCCCUGAGCCGCUGCCCGGAGCAGCAGCGCGUCCUGGAGUAAACCAUCCGGCCGCCCUCCCGGAAAUGAUUAAGCGAAUCCUUCAGGCCGCGGGAGGGGGAGGCAGGCAGGGGUUAUUUCUGCCUUCCCACCUGUCUCAUGGCCCCCGAGGCGGGUGGUUGGCUGCAGGGGCCCGAGCCUCCUUGGAAGGGAAGCCUGGGGUGGACUCUGGGCAGCGAGGGCCCGGGGUGGGUGGGGACCCAGGGAAGCCAUUUGACUUCAUUCUCCUAGGUCACGUGUGAAUCUCCGUGGGGCCAGCUGGGCUGAUGGCCUCAUCUCAGGCAUCUCCCUGUGGCUGGCCCCAGGGCUCAGCUGGUCUUUGAGCCACAACAGUGCAGGGGUCCAGGCAGGGGAAGCGCGGGGACGGCCGAGGCCUGCGGGAAGCCGCCGUGGGCCCCAGCCCUGGUCUGACAGUGGGCCGCGUGCCGGGAGCUUUCUUCUGGCUGCGUCCCAAGCUCCUGACAGUACUGGGCGCUCAGGGGCCGCACCCAUCCUGACCGGCUCGGCUCCACCCCUUGGGAGCAUCUCCACGCCUGUCACCCCGGCAGGGACUGUCUGUUCCUUUUCUCAGGCGGGUCAGCUACCCGAGGCCUUCUCAAGCCCUUCUCAGAGUCCCUUCCCUGUGGGUUCCAGCCCACCUCAGCAUCCAGCCCCCAGAGGCUCCCCCGGGCCUCUGUGACCGGCAGCCUAAGACGAGGGGCCCUCUCUGGGCCCCAGAGCAGCUGGAAGGGCCCAAAGC